AAUUUUAAUUUACCUACGAAUAGUGUACAGCGGUUUAACUUAUUUUGCGCAGUUAAAUCUAAACGCAAAAAAUACAAGUGUUUGUGCAAUCGUGUUACAGAUAAGGCCCGGCCGCAUCUGCCCGGCAACAACAACUACUCCGCACAGCUGCGCCGCGCUUUCCGCUGACUCCUGCAUUCCGCACAGCACUGUUGCCGCCCGAGCCAACCACUGUGACUGCGAACUUAGGCCAAAUUUACCCACCCCCUCCACUUCGGCCGCGGCCUCUCCUCCUGCCUGUGUGUUCUGCGGCGGCGAGCACCGUAUUUACGAUUGCUCGUCAUUCCUGUCCCUGUCCAUUGAAGACCGGAUCUCCGGAGCGUCAAGGUUACGCCUUUGUCUUAAUUGUCUUCGGAAGGGGCACACUUCUUAUCGCUGCAGAGUAGCUGCUUGUCAAACAUGUAAGAAGCGCCACAAUACAUUGCUGCAUAGGGAAACUCCUCAGGUUGCAGAUUCGCCCGUAGACGCGCCUCUGCCGCAGUCGGCACCCGCGCCCGCGCCCGCUCCCGGGUUGUCGUCUAAUAUGACCGUAUCGCAUUCGGACCAGGUACUUUUACCUACCGCGUACGUAGACAUAUAUAGCCCGGCUACUGAUAAUUACGUAACGGCGCGCGCGUUUUUAGAUUGUGGAAGUAUGACUUCUAUUGUCACAAAAGAUUAUAAACAAAAAUUGCAAUUGGCACCGCUGCCCAGUGAUAAAAAUCUUUUCGGAUUAUCUGACGUUCCUAUAGCCAAUAGUCCCGAGCGUUGUUUCGUUCAAAUUCGAUCUAAACAUGAUCAAAAUAUAAAAUUCGACAUCGCAUGUUUAGCUUUGGACAAAAUUAACAGCAGUUUGCCGCUAAAGCCUAUUGAUAUCACCAACAUCAAGUGGCCGCGUAAUAAAAAACUCGCCGAUCCUCAGUUUAAUCGACCGGGUCCCGUAGAUAUUUUAAUUGGCGGUGAUGUUUUUUGGACCUUGGUAGGGGGCGAGCAAAUUGAUUUAGGGCACGAUUCGCUUGUUUUGCGCAAAUCAAAACUAGGUUGGUUAGUGGUUAGUAAAUAUAACCCAUUUUUGAUGUUCAACGAUAGGUCUUUAAAUUCUCCUUUGCAGUGCAAUCAUUUGUACACGACCAAUGAAGACCUUGACGACUCGCUCACCAAAUUCUGGAAGCUGGAGCAAGUGCCCCAACCUAGCCAACCGUUUACAGAUUUAGAGGCAGAAUGUGAGCAACAUUUUGUCACUCACACAUAUCGCGACGAUAACGGAAGGUUUCACGUACGUUUGCCAUUAAUUACGGAACCCGACUGUUUAGGCGAUUCCUAUCGCUUUGCUAAAAAACGGUUCUAUGCAUUAGAAAAGCGAUUUAAACGCAAUCCUGAAUUAAAAUCGGCUUACGAGCAAUUUAUUAAUGAAUAUGCCGAAUUAGGUCACCUCUCUGUGUCCGACUCUGACAUUCCUGACCCCUCUUUUUUUGUGCCGCAUCAUGCUGUGCAAAGGCCCUCCAGCGAAUCUACGAAGCUUCGUGUUGUUUACAAUGGAAGUGCCCCCACCACAUCUGGCUAUUCAAUAAAUAAUCUACAGAUGGUUGGGCCAACAAUUCAAGACUCGCUAUUUAAUAUUCUCUUGAGGUUUCGUACCUACAAAUAUGUUUUGACUGGUGAUAUCGCCAAGAUGUAUCGCCAGGUCAUGGUUCAGGAGUGCGACCGCGAUUUACAAUUAAUUCUUUGGCGCUCCAAUGAGAAUGAACCUUUAAAAACUUUACGACUCAAUACAGUCACUUACGGAUACUCGAGUGCUAGUUUUUUAAGCACACGCUGUUUAUGGCAAUUGGGUGAGGAAUGCGCAGAUGAAAAAAUUAAAACUAUAAUUCAAAAUGAUUUUCUAGUCGAUGAUUUAUUAACAGGCUCAGACACAGAGGAGGAAUUGCGUUACAUCAAAGACUCAGUUGAGCGUGCGCUAGCCGCUGGCUGUUUUCCCUUGCGUAAAUAUCGCUCAAACUUAUCGUCAAUUUUAAAUGACUCACAAGGCUCGAACGAUAAUAAAGGCAGCUUGAUUAUUAGCUCGUCGUCACAUACGUUGGGCGUGGGCUGGGAUUCUGAGGCAGACAUCAUCCAUUUUCCUACUCAAUAUUCUGCCAAGGUCGGCCACCCCACAAAACGGUCAAUUUUAUCGGACUCGUGUAAAAUAUUCGAUCCGUUAGGCCUCUUAUGUUUAAUGACGAUUAUACCUAAAAUUUUAAUUCAAAAACUGUGGCUUGAAAAAAUUGACUGGGAUGUUCCCGUGCCUAGCCAUAUAAACGAGUCUUGGCAAUUCUUUGUUAACGGUUUAGCGUCUUUAACUUCGAUCCAAGUACCUCGCCACGUCCUUUGCGACUCGCCUAAUCACAUCGAAAUGCACGUAUUUUGUGAUGCGAGUUCAGUAGCAUACGCGGCAUGUAUUUAUUUAAGGUCGACUAAUGAUAAGGGCGACUGCGUAGUCAGGUUGCUGUGCGCAAAGGCUAGGGUCUCACCGGUCCAGGCCACAACUACGCCGCGUUUGGAAUUGUGUGCUUGCCUGCUAGGCGCACAGCUCGCGUCAGCUGUUUCCAAGACGUUGCGCUGCCAGAUCGCACAGAAAUUUUAUUGGACUGACUCGUCAAUUGUAAUUGCAUGGCUCAAAAUGAACCAAACAAAAUUAAAAACGUUUGUCGCCAAUCGCGUGGCUCACAUUUUGGAACUCACUGAGGGCAGUGAGUUUCGUCACGUUCCGACCGCUUUAAACCCGGCUGACUACCCAUCUAGAGGAGUCGAAGCUGGUCGCUUACCUGAUUUGCAAAUGUGGUGGAACGGGCCAAGUUUUUUGUAUGAGCCACAGAAUAACUGGCCUCAGUUCUCUCUCAACUCGGAACUCGAUUUACCCGAACUAAAGGUUAACGUCGCGAUAACGAGCGAUUCUGAACCCCAUAAUUUAAUUGAUUUCGAUCGGUAUUCUAAAUUAAAAACCUUACAACGUUCGGUAGCAUAUUUACUUAGGUUUGCGCACAAUUCCCGUCCUUCUUCCAACAAAACUGCGGGUGUGCUACAACCUGAGGAGCUCGAUGUUUCUUUCAAAAAAUUGGUCGCUUUGUCACAGCAGUCUAGCUUUCCUCAAGAAUUAAAAUUGUUGCGUGACAAGCAACCUCUAGGCCCUAAAAACCCUAUUUUAUCGUUGAACCCAUUUUACGACGAAGACGACAAACUCAUCAGAGUUGGCGGACGUCUGUCUUCCUCUUUUUAUGCAUUUGACAAACGCCAUCCAAUGCUUUUACAUGCCAAACACAGACUGACUAAAUUGCUGUUUCAGCAGGAGCACGUCCGUCUCUUGCAUGCUCCACCUCAGCUACUUCUUGUCGCCAUUCGCGAGUCUGUGUGGGCCGUGUCGGGCCGCGCGCUCGCGCGCACCGUGUCGCAGCAAUGCGUCACCUGUCGCCGCGCAGCCGGCAAUACCUUUGCUCCUUUGAUGGGCUCUCUGCCUUCUCAGCGCGUAACGCCUGACUUUCCCUUUAUUAGCGUCGGCGUUGACUUCGCUGGACCCUUUAUGAUUGCAGAUAGGCAUGGCAGAGGUUGCAAAAUUACGAAAUGUUAUUUAGCGAUAUUUGUUUGUUUUAGGUACAAAUGUCUGCACUUAGAAGCAGUUAGUUCGCUGUCUACGGACUCAUUUAUUCUCUCGCUAAGGCGUUUUAUCUCUCGUAGAGGACGACCACGCGAAAUCUUUUGCGAUAAUGGACGUAACUUUGUAGGAGCGGCCAGAGAAAUUAGCGAUUAUCUCUCAUCAAACUCAGAUACAGUUUGCAAUUUUGCAGCGAAUGAGGGAAUCAAAUUUAAAUUUCAACCGGCAUACUCAGCUCACUUUGGUGGCUUGUGGGAAUCAGGAGUCAAAUCUGCCAAAUUUCACCUCAAGCGCAUAUUAGGGAACGCUCAUUUAAGUUACGAAGAGCUGGCAACUCUCUUUAAUCAAGUGGAGUCUAUCCUAAACAGUCGUCCUUUAUGCCCUUUAUCGUCCUCUCCGAACGACUUCCAACCUUUGACCCCUGGUCACUUCCUCAUCGGCCGCGCGCUCACUUCGCUGCCGUCGCCGACCCUCGCGGAUCUAAACCCAAACCGUUUAGACAGGUUUCAGAGGCUCGAGGCAUUGAGACAGCACUUCUGGCGCCGCUGGCAAAUGGAGUACAUCUGCGAGCUCCAGCAACGGGCCAAGUGGCGUGUUCCAGGACGACCUCUUCAAUUGGGUGAUCUGGUCCUUCUCAAGGAAGAGAAUACCCCUCCAAUGCACUGGCGGCUUGGACGGAUAGCCAAGCUGUUUCCUGGCGCAGACGGGAUUGCGCGAGUAGCUGAAAUUGCUACUGCCACGGGUACCUACAAACGAGGUGUAAGAUACCUCUGCCCUCUUUUGGACGAGGACCAUCAAUCCUUGAAGGCUGACGCCUCCAAGGGCCCCCAGGAUGUUGCGGCGUCUACCACAGAAGAGGAAGCGGGGACCGGGGACCUCCAAACCUGUUAGUCCGAAUGCCUCGCCCCGCGCCUCUCUACUCACCUAGCGAACCACUUAGCUCUGAGAUACGCUCAUGUGCGCU